AAAACGAAAUUCUUUCCUCUUCCCACUCUGCCUCCUCCGCCGUGAAUCUCAUUCCUUCCGCUCCAACCGCCACCAAUUCCCAUUCUCAUUCUCUAAUAGUCACCAAGUCACCAAUGAAGCGCUCAAUGUUAUGAUUUCUAGGGCUCCGACUUCUGGAAAAUUUUCUCGUUCUGCCUUCUCAUUUGGCCUUCUCGUUGGUGUGGUUCGGUGCAUUGAGGUCACAAAGUUCGUUGUUGUGGUUGCUUAAGGUGACGCGUUCAACAGUCCCUUCAUUUGGUAAGUAAUCCUUCUCUUCCUUCAUUCCUUAGUAAUCCCUAAAAUCGUAAACCACAGGAACCCUAAAAUCGAAUUUUACGACACGGUCGGGUUGACGCGGAAUCGUUACCGACUUGGUGCUGGCAGGAACCACAACAUCCUCAACACUAAACUCGAUUUAUCUGAAAUUCAUACCUAGGAUUCUUGUCUCUGGCAAAUGAUUUUCUGUUUAUGAGCUAAAGCCUGUGUCACUAAAUAAUAAUAAAAGUUAAUGCUUCUAUAUGGAAGAACCUAAACUCCUACAGUGAAAGAUUGGAGCCAUGGAGAAGCCAAACUCUGUAGGCCUAGCUGCUCCUCCUCAACCCAAUACCUAGGCUCGGGCUGUUUUGUCCAACUGUACUGCACAUUUGGCAAGUUUCUUCGGUUUCCUUCUAGCCAAAAAUCUAAGGCCUUAAUCUUGAUAUCAAGUCAUACUCCAAAUGCUUGGUCUUAUUUUUAAUCGAAGACCCCUCCUCCUUUAGAACCUGUAACGUGAACUUCCUUUCCCUUCCAUUACUUGUAAUAAGCACACACCUCUGACUAGUUUGGUUAAAUCUUUCAACAAGUGUUUAAAGUGUGAAGAAAAUAAAAAUUAAAGAGAGAGGUUAAUUAAAUUUGUGCCUGGAUUUAAAAUUAACUCAAACACCUCAACUCAUACAAAGUUGAGGCUUAUACAUUAGUUUUAGUUUGUGAGGGAAGUUUAAUGAACAUAUAUGAGGGAAGCUUACUUCGAAGUGGUUCUUAAUUAAAUACAGACAGGCUCUUACCAAAGCAUCCAUCUUGCAAUUAUAUAUUUGAUUGUCAACUGCCUCUAGACUUUCACUUGGUUGGAUAAUACAUUAGAUUGUUACAAAUUGCAUAAUUUGGUGAUUUUAAUGGAGGGUUUGGUGAAAUUAUAUUGUAAAUUAUGUCUUUUUAAAUCAUUCCAGGAUAAAAUUUGUUUUUUGCACAGGGCUGUUGAUGGUGAUUGCAAAGAAGGAUGUAGAAAAUGUCGUAGAGAAGGGAGGAAGAUUUUACAGAGUUAUUGAGAAGAACAGGGAAAUGUCUAGUGACGCACCAUCUGGUGACCUCCCACCUUCACAAGGUGCAGAUGACAUUCAUACGCCUACCCGAAAAAAAGGUAGGUCUGGGACAAGGUUGAGAGAGUUGGUAGCCACCCGCAACGCUGAUCAUAGGCUUCCCAUUCGUUUUGAUAUGCAGACCUGUAAACCCUUGGGAGAAAAUAGCACGAAAUUCAUUAGUUAUGUGGCCUUGCUCGGUAGAAGUAAGGCAUCCAUUCUUUGUGAUGAUUGGGAUCAUGUUCCAGAGAAUGUGAAGAACCAGAUAUGGCAGAGCAUCUUGGUCACAUAUGACGUCCCAAACACUAAUCUAUUGAGGACGAAAUGGAUUUCAUAUGUCGGGGAAAGAUGGAAGAAUUUCAAGACUAUGCUUACAAGUCAUUAUAUUUAUGGUUCCAAAACUGAUAAAAGCCCUUGUGAAAAGUAUCAAUUUCUUGAUGAGGAAACAUGGCAAGCCUUUAAGUUGAAGCGAUUAGAUCCUGCCUUUCAGGCUAAGAGGAGAGCUGCACAAGAGAUCGCAAAGAAAAAUGUCCACCCUCAUAUAUUGUCUCGUGGGGGUUAUGAGAAAUUGGAGCAGAAGAUGAUGAAAGAGGCAUCUACCUCUAAUCCUAUUGGGGCCUCCGAUACGAGUGCCAUAACUCGUCUUCCACGCCAUGUUACAUGGAAGAGAGCUCGUCAAAGACCAUCUGGGGAGUACACAUCUGAGGAAACCGCGAGCAUAGCUAAGCGCAUUGAUGAGUUGGUCGAGCAAAGCACACAAGGUACAUUCACUCCCGAGGGCCGUGAGGACAUAUUGGCAGUUGCCAUUGGUCGUCCAGAGCAUUCUGGACGUGUUCGAGGUGUUGGUAAAUUUAUUGGCAUCCGUCAAUUCUUCGGUCCUCCAACAAGUCAUCAUAGUAAAGCCCAUGUCAGUGAGGAAGUCCUCAAGGGUAUAAGAGAAGAAAUUAGACAGGAGAUGAGGGAGGAGAUCAACGAGAUGAAGAAAGAGUACGGUGAUAUGAGAGCACAGUUGAAGAAGGAGUACUCUAAUAUGCGGGCACAAUUGUUAGCAGAUGUGCGAGCAGAAUUCGCCUCCUCCUCAAGCCAACCUAGGAAUUUCCCUCAACCUUCUCAUCUUUGUAUAAGCACAAAGGAGAGUUGUGAUGUUUCUCCUCAAAACGCUUCUCCCACUAUUGAUGCAGACUACGAGUUGUUUAGUGAUGAUGCCCUACAGUGCUUGGUGGCCUUAGGUAAAAUGUAUACAUUGGGGUCAACCAUGCACCAUGAAACCAUUACAACUGAUAUGAUGAGAGUGGUGGUUGUAGACGUACGAGAUGCUACAGCUCGAGUCCCUGUGCCCACUGAGGAUGUUCAGACAGUGGGACAGGCCCCUGGAAAUUUUAUCCUUUGGCCCCUUAGAUUGUCAAGAGCAAUUGUAAAGAAGGUUGAAGCACAAGGACAAGAAGAUAUGAAUGAAUCACUGCAACAACAGUCGCAGCCGUCACAACAAAUAAUUCUAGAACAACUUGGUGUGUUAGCAGUGAAGAUCUCCCUUUCUCCUAUAGAGUUACAAAUGCCUCCUGAAGUCACAAACAGGACAUCUUCGCUCUCUUUCUUCAUAUGUCAGAAGGAUAUUUUUGAAAUUCUCUCUGGCACUGAUAUGUUAUGUAUAUCAAUACUACAACUUUGGUUGUUGUAUUUACAUCGGUUGACCAUUGAAAAGAAGAAUGAUCACAUUUAUGGUUUUAUUGACCCUGUUGCCAUUCAAGGAGUUGGGAAUAAAGGUGAAGAGGUCCAAAACUACCUCUUACAAGCUUUUGUAAACGGAAAAAAGCAAGUGUACUUAGCACCUUAUUUGCAACAGGGUCACUGGCAAUUGUUACUAAUUCUUCCUCAACAAUUUCUUGUAGUUCUCUUAUGUUCAUUGCACAAAAAACCUCACACUUUGACAAUUAAAAAUACACUAAUAUUAGUGGUUGAGGCAUAUUCAAAGUUGCAGGGAACACAUAUCGUCUCUAGAAAGAAGUUGCAGUUCAUUGCACCAACUUGCUCACGUCAACUGGGAAGCUUUGAGUGCGGAUAUUAUGUCAUGAGACACAUGCAGAAAAUUAUAUCCGCAAAUGUCGUUGACUCAUGGAAAUUGAUAUUUGAUGACACGUCUCCAAUGGAACAACAAGUCAUAAAGGAUGUUCGGGAGCAAUGGGCUGCAUUUCUUUUAACCAUUUGUAAAUGAUUGGAUGCUUCAAUAUUACAUUUUGAGUUUAGGAACUAUUAUAUGUGUAAUAUGUUAAGUAACCAUGUUAGGUAAAUAUAGCUAGGAACUUUGUUAGGUAAAUAUUACAUUUUGAUGUGUUAAUGAAAACAAUAUUGAUUA